GCGGCGACAGCGGUAGCAGCAGGUACGGCUGCAGCAUCAGCAGCAGCAGCAGGGGAGGGAGCAGGGCAGGAAACAGGGCUGACACCGCCAGUGAUGAGGGCAGCGACUUCUUUGGCCCUGACGAGGCAGAUUAUGGGGCGGAUGCUGUGGACGAUGGGCUGGAGGAGGACGGCGACCGCAGCGGCGGCAGCGGCGAGGGCUUGGGCAAGG